UUUCAAGUCGCACAGAUUUUCGAGUGGUCGGAAAUGAAGAAUAAAUACAAUAAAUAAACACGUUUUUAGUGGUGAAUCUGAGCCCAAUAGUUAAAUGUUAAACUUUGAUGUUUGCUUUUGACUUUGGCUGUUAGAAACUGUGAAGGAUGGACGUUUCCUGGAUAUUUGCUGUGGUUUUACUGCCGAACUUAAUGGCUGCGGAGGAGGUGGUGAACAUCCCCGGGGGGAGGCUGCUGAUGGGAAGCAGCGCAGCGGACGGCAGAGACGGAGAGUCCCCGGUCAGAGAGGUGGAGGUGCUGCCCUUUACAAUAGAUAGAUAUCCGGUCACUAAUUCUCUUUUCAGAGACUUUGUACGAGCUGAGAAAUAUAAAACUGAAGCUGAGACAUUUGGAUGGAGUUUUGUCUUUCAGGAUUUUGUCUCUGAUGAACUGAAAAGCAAAGUUACUCAGAGGAUCGAGUCUGCCCCCUGGUGGUUGCCCAUUGAACGAGCAUUUUGGAGACAGCCUGCAGGGCCCGAUUCAGGCAUCCGGGAGCGCCUGGACUUCCCGGUGGUUCAGGUGAGCUGGAACGAUGCGCAAGAGUUCUGCAGAUGGAAAGGAAAGAGACUGCCCACAGAGGAGGAGUGGGAGUGGGCUGCCCGUGGGGGGCUGCAGGGUCGGACGUAUCCGUGGGGGAACAAGUUCCAGACCAACAGAACCAACCUGUGGCAGGGUCAGUUUCCAGAUGGAGACACUGCAGAGGAUGGAUAUCAUGGCAUCUCACCUGUCACUGCGUUUCCUCCUCAGAACAGUUAUGGACUCUAUGACAUGAUGGGAAACACGUGGGAGUGGACGUCCACACCAUUCCCAGCAGCUCGGCCCACGUACGUUCUGCGCGGCGCUUCCUGGAUAGACACGGUGGACGGCUCGGCCAAUCACAAGGCUCGAAUCACAACCAGGAUGGGGAACACACCAGACUCUGCCUCAGAUAACCUGAGCUUCAGAUGUGCUGCUGGUCUGGAACCGAAGCAGGCCAAGAAGAGCGACAAAGCUGAACUAUAGCAGCUUUAAUCAGCCCAAUUAAAAGAAAAUAAAGAUAAAUGAUUGAAAUGACUGAAGCAUGCAAUAAAAGCAAAGAAGGGCAGAUCAAAGUGAUGCAAUAGAGAGGAACCGGACUUCUUUCCCUGUUUCUGGGAAAGAGUCCAACUGUUUUGUGUUGGAGAACUUAAGGACACCAUGAGGGGGGACCGCAGGGAGUCUGAACACUUGUGGGGAAGCAGCUUAAUCUCUCCUGUGGAGAAAUUUCUUUUAUACACAAAUUCAACAA